UAUACUCAACCGCAUGUCAUCAUAAGAAUUGCAAUGCCGCUGUGGCCGGGGGCUCUGCUACUGUUCAUCUCCCUCUCCAUCCCCACCACAUCGGAGACCCAGUACCAGUUCACUCAAGCCUCCUACAACGUCAGCAUCCCCGAGAACUCCCUGCGUGACACACUGGCGACCACGGAUACCAAGAUGGGGAUGUACGGUGUCGACGCCAACGUGAGCUACCGCAUCGUGGAGGGUGACCCGAACAAUCACUUCCGCGUCGAGGCGAGACUCGUCGGCGACUUCUGGUUCCUAGUAGUCCGUGCGAGAACUUUCGAUCUCAACCGGGAGCGUAAAGACGUAUACAGACUUACCGUCAACGCAACAGUGGACGGCAAAGUGACUCAAACGACUUUAGUGGUAGUGAAUAUAAUCGACACGAACGAUUUAGGUCCUUUCUUCUUUUCGUCGGAAUAUACAGCGACUGUCCCAGAGGACCUGGCGGUUCAUAGUAGUAUAGUUACAGUGUUCGCAGAGGAUGCUGAUCUAGGAGUGAACGGCGAGGUGUACUACAGCUUCCCAGAAGUGACGGAACACUUUGCAGUACACCCGGUGACGGGGGUGAUCACUUUAGUAAAACCUUUGAGGUAUUCGGAAAGAUCUGUUUACGAUUUGAAAGUUGUCGCGAGAGACAGAGGGGUUGUCGACCCGAGGUUUAGGGAGAAACCUUUUGAUUCUGCGAUGGUUCGAGUGGUAGUGACACAAGUGAACUUACACGGACCGAAGAUAUACGUGUAUAAUCUACCCGAGCUGACGGAGCAUUCGUAUGUGGACGUGUACGCUGUAGUGAGGGUUAUAGAUAGAGACGAGGGAAUAAACGGGGAAAUACAAAGUCUUGAGAUUGUCGACGGUGAUGACGAUGGACAUUUUAGAAUAACCAAAGCGGAAUCUCCAACACCGGGAGUGAAAGGAGAAGAGUUCAAUAUUGAAAUUUUGAAAUUAGCUGACAAAAAUAGUAAUCCUGGUGGCUAUAAUUUGACCUUGAGAGCUAUUGAUAAAGGAACGCCAUCUAGGACUACUUAUAUAUCAGUUCCAUUCAAAUUGAAAGAAACUGAUUACAACAAAGCUGUUUUUGAUAGAGAAGUAUACGAGGUUGAUGUUUCUGAAAAUACUCCUGUGAACUCGUCGAUAAUAAGGUUGAAAAUUGACGAAAGGAAUAAUUUGGAUUCCAAUUUUGUUUUGUUGGAAAUAGUAGGUGGAAACGAAGCCGGUGAGUUCCGAAUCAACUCGAAAACCGGGGUUUUGUACACAGCUGUCCCUCUUGAUGCGGAAUUGAAAACUUUUUAUACACUAACGGUGUCGGCUAUUGACCACGGAGCUGUUCGACCAAGGAAGCAAUCGUCUGCGAAAGUGAAGAUACACGUGGUGGAUAUGAAUGAUAACGACCCUCAGUUUGAAUCUCCUGUUAUGGAUGUUUGGAUUAACGAAAACGAACCUGCAGGAGCGUCGACAGCUAAAGUGACAGCGAAAGAUAAAGAUUCAGGAGAGAACGCAUACAUUUCCUACAGUAUCGCUAACCUAAAUGCCGUGCCCUUCGAAAUCGACCACUUUACAGGUUUAGUGCGAACAACGAAGGUGCUCGAUUAUGAAUCGAUGCGUCGCAAAUAUAAUUUGUACAUUAGGGCUUCCGACUGGGGCACGCCUUACAGGAGGCAAUCUGAAAUGAAAUUAAGAGUAAGAAUAAGGGACAUCAAUGAUAAUAAACCACUUUUUGAGAAAACAGAUUGCGUAGGACAUCUUCCAAGGCAGGUUCCCAUUGAUACUGAUAUCGUUACUUUAUCUGCGAUAGAUCUUGAUGCUGGGAAUAUAAUUACGUAUCGUAUAGCCUCUGGAAACGAAGAUGGAUGUUUUAGAUUAGAUGUAACGUCUGGAAUGUUGUCUGUAGCUUGUGAUUUGAGAGAAGUUGCAACCUCUGAUAGACACAUAAAUGUUACAGCGUACGAUGGCACACAUUUUGCCGACUUUGCUCGCGUACAUAUAAAACUGAUUAACUCGGAUCGUCCGAGGGACUUCCUGGUGAACGGCGAUUCCGCUAGUUUCGACUGUAAAGACUUAGGUGUUGCAAAGAGGUUGACAGAGGUUUUGGCUCUAGCUGAGAAAAACAACGGUUUAAAGAGCAAAGAAGAAGAUGAGGUUACUUUACCGAAUCGCUACGGAGCGAAUGUGUAUCCACCGCAAUUCAUAAGUAUGCCGAAUGAGAUUGAAAUAAACGAAUCCGUUCCUAUAGACUUUGUAGUGAUGAAGGUAAAAGCCGUUGAUAGAGACUUGGGUUACAACGGUAAACUUAUAUUCGGCAUCACAUCAGGUGACGAAGAUUCUACGUUUACGAUCGAUCCAGAAACAGGAGAGCUAAAAGUAGCCGGAUACUUGGACAGAGAGCACAGGGAAAGAUACUACUUAAACAUAACAGUGUUUGAUCUCGGCCAACCAAGACUCUCUUCUUCCAGAAUAGUGUCAAUAGUAAUACUUGACGUCAACGAUAACGCACCGGUGUUCGACAAAAACGUCGCGAGUUUCAGGAUCAGAGAAGACACUCCCAGUGGAUUUGAAAUAUUUCAGUUCCGAGCUAGCGAUAAAGAUCUUGGAGAAAACUCCCAUAUACGUUACGAAAUUGAAACGGACACAGACAACUUUGCAAUCGACAGCAGGUCGGGGAUGCUCACUAUAGCAGAUAUGCUUGACCGUGAAACCCAGUCUGUUCACGAAUUGAAAAUUAAAGCGAUAGAUCGCGCGUCCGAUCCGAAAGACCCUGACGCUCUUCAUUCUUACGCAGUUGUAAAAGUGAUUGUUGAAGACGUGAAUGAUGAAGUACCAACAUUUCCUUCAAAAUCGUGUUUGGUGAAGAUUCGUGAAGAUCUUCCUGUAGGAACGGUCGUAGUGACUCUGGACGUGUGGGACCCGGACCUUGACCAAGGAGGAGUUGUUAAAUACUCGAUCAUUCAUCCUGUGGGAGAGAUCCCCUUCGCCAUUGACCAGGAGACAGGAACAAUACGUACUACGGCACGGCUAGACUACGAAGACAGACAAAUGUUCGCGUUGGUCAUCUCCGGCGAAGACUUGGGAGUGCCAGCGCUCGCGUCGGAAGUUAACUUGACUAUUGAAAUAACAGACGUGAACGAGAACGAACACCCUCCCAAAUUCGGGGAUUUCGCAUUUUCCGCGAAAAUCAGAGAGAACUUACCGGCCGAUAGUUUGGUGACGUCACUGACCGCUACGGAUGCAGAUUCUCCCGGAGAAGACUCUAGGAUUUCGUUCAUCAUCAUUGGAGGAUCUGGACUUGGGCUCUUCAACAUCGAUGAUAAAGGUCAGAUUUGGACCAGUGCUGUGCUAGACCGGGAGACUUCAUCUCAUUAUUGGCUAACUGUGCUUGUCUACGACCAUGGAGUCAAACCUCUACACUCCCGCGCCGAGGUGUAUAUAGAAGUUGAGGACGACAAUGAUAAUGUACCCUUGGCAGAGGAGGCAAGCUACGAGGGACGGGUUGUAGAGAACAGCCCAAGAAACACGGCUGUGCUGAGAAUAUUAGCCAGGGAUGCUGAUAGGUCUGAUAGGCAAGGGACAGGGAUCUCCUACGUCAUCACCGCAGGGAACGCUGCUGGACACUUCGCCAUCAACGAGAAUGGUGUUCUCUACACUACUACGGAUCAGAUUGACCGAGAGCUGCAGAAGGAAUAUGUUCUUGAGGUGACUUUGACAGACAACGGUGUGCCGCCAUUAUCAUCAACAGUUCAAGUUAUCAUCACAGUGGACGACGCCAAUGACAAUUCCCCACAAUUUGAUCAAACGUUUUAUCACAUCAUGAUACCAGAGAUGCACCAUAGGGACUCUACUUUUAUCAUCCAGAACGAGGUGGACGUUAGUGAGACAGAUCUGGAGUUUGAGGCGUUGUUUACGGGCGAGUCUUGGCGCAACCUUGAUAUCAACAACCUUACUGGCUACCCAGUUUUUAGGUUGGUUGCGAAGGAUGACGAUGCUGGAGUCAACGGUCAGCUUGAGUACUACAUAAAGAGCAGUCAAGGUAGAUUCAACGUUCACCCAUUGUCGGGCAUUGUUUACGCACAGAAACUUCUUCCAGCCAACCAAGAUUACGAUCUGUUGGUGAGUAAAAGAUUUUUUUAUGAUCUGUUAUCAAUUUAG